AUGUCUGAAGCCGAGGACACUGCACUCGAAUCAAGCGAGUUUAGCAACCAAGCAUCUGCUAAUUCAACAGAGUUAGACAGUAGCAUCCAAACGCCUGCAAGAGACGUAGAUAAAAAAGAUUCUGAUGACGCGAUAAAGGACGAAGAAAAACCAAUCAAAGAAUCUCUAAAUGCGAAAUCGAGAAACAUGAUUCGUUAUACGAGAGAACAAUUGCUGGCAUUGCGCGACAGCCCGCUUGUUAAAAAACCGGACGCACUACCACCAAUUAGUACAUGGUUUGGGGAGUCGGUCGUAAAAAAAGAUACCAAGAGAAAUAACGCUGAGAGUGUUCAAGAAAAUGAAAAAGGCAAACAACCCAGCCAAAGUCUCGUUGAUGGAUUAAAUAAAUCUAAAGACGAUCUGACUGCACUAGGUAUCCCGAAAAGUCCUUCAAAAAGUCCAAACGGAUCGGAGCCGACGUCCCCAAAGCCAUCAGGCAUGUAUAAAAUUAUUCUUGGUCCCCCUAAAAUGAAUUUCGCUUCAUCUUCUGUUGGAGGAUUAAAAAGCGCGGAAGAUAAACCAAAUCAGCCUAGAACUGGCAGAUCUGAUGGAAUGCGACAACGUCAAGAUGAAUAUUCGAGGGCUGGAAUCAAGGAUUUUGAACCACGGGCACCUCGUGGUCCUACUGGUGAACGAGGUUUUGUUGGUAGGGAAGCUCUAAGAGAACGAGCCCUGGCAGAUAAAGCGCUCAAGGAAUCAAUUGGAUCAUCGCAUAAUUCUCAUAGCCGUGGUUUAGGCCAUACAAGAUCUCAAGAUUCAAAUAAAAGCGGCCGCAGAGAUGGUGGUGGCAUAUCUGGGAGGGACCAAUUGGGCAAAACCAAUUUUAUCAGACAUCAUCAUUCUGAAGACAGAUUCGAAACGCCUAAAUGGAUGAAUUACAACCCGCAAACUGAUGAAGAUACAAAAAAUGGUGAAAACGGAGGGUAUGAAGAUAAAAAGCAUUUUGAUUUCCAAGCUUGGAAGUCACAAAUGAAGGAGCAGGACCGAGAACGUAAAGAGAGAGCAAGAACGGAAAAGGACAAAGAGCGCAAAGAAACUGCCGAGAAAGGCAGAGCACGGAGUAUAUCACGUGCUGACAGCAGUGUAUCUUGGAGACCUGAUAAGAUCGGGGCGACAGAAGAAUCUAGCACAUUGGUUGAAAAUCCUAUACCUGAAAAUUCUAUACCUGUAACACAAAAUGGUUCAAAAGAAAAGGGGACAUCCGAUUUCAAUGAGUCAACAUAUUUGGCCAAUGUGGACCAACUUUUUGGCCCUGGAAUCGAUCUCAAUGCACCUCUGGAUUCUGGUUCGUCAGCUUUCGAUAAGUUUCUGUCAAAACAUAAACUUGCCAUGGCCGAAGAUAAUAUUCCUAAAGCUGGUGUCACAAAGAAUGCUGAAAUGAUUCCCCGUGAGCAAGGCACGUCUCGCUUUGCCAGAUUUUUUUCCCAUAAUGUAGAUGAAAGCUCUCAAGAAAUGGAUCAUAAUAAUGAAAGACACCCAGUGUUUCCUACACCAAUGCAAAGUAAUCCAGUUCCAAAUGAAUUAAAACCUGGUCCAAUUAGCCUUGAUACAUUGUUCCAGAGUCAAGCAGCAGUGUCUUCUACAGCUGCACCAGCUUCUCCUCAUAUAACUGAUGGAAAGCGAGUACUUUCAAGAAUGCUUACCGAAGACGAAGUUUUGCAGACAAUUGGAGCAAAACCGUCCAUUAAACCAGAAGCUAAAGAGCGUAAUCAUGAAGAUGAAGCUGCUAUGUACAAAAUAUACGCAGCUUUGAAAAAAGGACCAUCUACAGAGUUAUCGAGGCCGCCGCAAUCCAAUAUGCCAAUGUCGUUAUCUAAUCAGCCCCCAGCACACCAAACUUCAAUAUCGCACACGGGGUUGCCUUUCAAUGACCCUUCUAUUAUCAGUGCGCAGAAAUUGACUCCAGGGGCAAAAUCCAGUCAACAUCAAUCAAAACUCGAUAUUUCGAACAGGCAUUUAGGAUUUUCCGAAUUACCUUCUACAGAUUCUGCAAAAAAAAUCAAUAUGCUCUUUGGAGGAAACGUACCAACUUCAGUAUAUCGCCAGUUGAGUUCAAGGUCAGAUAAUGGUUCUAGAGAGUCGUCAGCCGCAUCUUCGCCGGCAUUAAAAUUCAAUGCAAAACCUAUUAUUUCCAACUUUCCACAUUCUCCGCAAUCAUCGGCACAUAUUCAUGAUAUUCAUGCGCCGAUUUUUAAAUCACCUCCACCUCACUCUCCUAAUCCUUCUCAUCAACAAAGCCACAACCAUUCACAAUAUCAUAACAAUGUACCUAGUUACUCUAACGGGCCAAACAUCUCUCAACACUCGCAUAAUCGACCAGAGUAUCCUCCGCCUAUCGGCCGCAACAUACCAGUAGAACAGUUGUUUAACAUGAACCCGCCACGUAAUGUUCCACAACAAAUCCCCCCGCAAUUUCAACAACCUCCCCUUCCACCCCAAAUACCAUUUGGUUAUCAGCAUCAACCUGAACGUUAUCCCCAACAACUCCAGUUUACUGGUCCUUCAAUACCACAUCUUCCUGUCCAUCACCAUCCAGGAAUGUUGCCACCCGGUACAGAGGCUCUUUUCGCAAACAUGCAUGGAUAUGCUCAGUUUAUUCCGAACAUUGUGAACAAUGCAAUGGUUCCGAAUAAUAUACCAGGAAUUCCAAACAAUACCAAUAUACAGCAACGUGGAAUGAUGACUUUGGAAGAAAUUGAGAGACGAGGACUUG